UACGCCGGAGUUUCCCGUCAUAUCGCUCUGGACGGUCCUGUGAGCGGAGGGGAAAGUGAGUCGCCGGCCGGGAAGAAUAGAAGGGGGACACGAACCGAGGAUUACAUACUGAGACCACCACAGCGAGAAGACACCCGGCCGGGGCCAGGGACCACCAUGAUGGAAAUAGAGCUACCCCCCGCCAAGCAGUCCAUGCAGGAUAUGGAUCUCAUCGACAUCCUAUGGAAACAAGACAUUGACCUCGGUGUUGGUCGAGAGGUUUUUGACUACCACCAAAGACAGAAAGGAUAUGAGCUGGAAAAACAGAAGAAGAUUGAAAAAGAGCACCAGGAACAGCUUCUGAAGGAGCAAGAAAAAGCCUUUUUUGCCAAUCUGCAAUUAGAUGAGGAGACCGGGGAAUUCAUCCCCACUCAGCAGCCGGCACCUAACGAGGCUGCAGUGGUCACAAGCUCCUUGCAGAAUAAGUCAGAUCUGGGCCAAGGACUGUCCUUUGAUGAAUGCUUGAAAAUGUUAGCUGAUACAUUCCAGAUGGAGGCACCUACAAUGACCUUCCAAACAGUAAUUGCGCCCAGUCCUCACAUGGAGGUCAGUCAGAACUUCCUCCUUCCGCAACAGCUUCCUGCACCAGAAACUCUGCAGAACACAACCACUAAUGCAGGAGGCAUGCAUGGAAUGGAUCACUCCUGGGAGGAGCUGCUGUCUAUUCCUGAGUUACAGUGUUUCGGCAAUCAGAUUGAUGGCUUUGCGGACCUGAGUAUGUAUUCAAAUCAAGAACCCCUUGCAGAGACUGUACCCAGUUACAUGUUUCACAGUCCAGUACCACCUUUGGAAAAGCCAGUUGAAAAUGCCACACCGGUUUUCUCGAAUGACUUUGCAGGUUCCUUUGUACCUAAUGUGCCCACAGUAAACACAAACCAAACAUUUAACAUGGAAUCUUUUUGUGAUGACAUAUUUACCCUUAUUGACCCCAAAAUGACCAAUGUGCCUUUAACAGACAAUUCAGGCCAGUCUCUCACUGAACUUUUAAAUGAACCUGUUGAUAUAAAGGACCUUUCUUUGUGCAAAGCAUUUAAUGGGAACAAUCCAUCAGAAUUCAAUGAUUCCGAUUCAGGAGUUUCAGUUGGCACAAGUCCAUGUGCUACAUCACCUGGGCAGUCUAUGGACUCCUCUGUCUAUGGAGAUGCUCCUUAUGGAUACAGUGACUCUGAAAUGGACGAUAUGGAUAGCACACAUGAAAGCGUACAAACCAAAAAUCCCACUGAAGAGUUCCCAGUGUCAAUCACAGAAGAUGCAUUUUUUUCACUCUCGCCUUUUGUACCACUUGAUGCAUCCUUUGAUACCGAAUCUCUCAAUUCUCCAGCAGCAGAGUUGCCUGUUAGGCCUGGUCACAGUAGGUCCCCAUUCACAAAGGACAAAUCUUUAAGUCGCCAGGAGGCUCGUUUCACUAGAGACGAGCAAAGAGCGAAAGCUCUUAAUGUACCAUUCUCGGUCAGUACAAUUGUUAACCUUCCUGUGGAUGAUUUCAAUGUUUUGAUGUCCAAACACCAGUUUAAUGACGCCCAACUUGCUCUCAUCCGAGAUAUACGCAGGCGUGGAAAAAAUAAGGUUGCAGCCCAAAAUUGCCGCAAGAGGAAAAUGGAGAAUAUUGUGGAGUUGGAGAGUGAUCUAGAUCAGCUGAAGAACGAGAAAGAAAAACUACUUGCUGAGAAGGGAGAAUAUAACAACAGCCUUCGUCUUAUGAAGAAGCAACUUGGUACCUUGUAUAUGGAGGUCUUCAACAAGCUGCAGGACGAGGAUGGAAAACCGUACUCCCCUCACGAAUAUUCCCUUCAACAAACAAAAGAUGGGAAUGUCUUCCUUGUUCCGAAAGCCAAAAAAAUCGAAAUUAAGAAAGAGAUCUAAAAUACUUUUUUUUUUUUUUUUUGUCUUCUUAAAAUUCUAUGCUUCUAUAGUGUGGGUAUAUGAGUUGUGCUUAAAGAGUCGCUUUAUUAGAACUAGCAUUUUUGUACUGUAGCACUUAACGCCCAUGAAAAAAACAAUAUCAAAAUAUAUUUUUAAACUAAAGUACCUAGUUAAGCCAGUCCACAUGCUACUAAAAAUCACCAUAUUUUAGAGGCCUCAGGAUUUAAGAAUGAACAUUUAAGUGAUGUCAGGGUUAUUGACCAGGCAAUAAUUGUGUAAGAUUGGCAUGUGAGCCAAACCAUGGCGGUUCAGUUUUCACUAGAAGUUAGUGAUUUUACUGAGAUUAUGGCAGGUGAAAUGUCAUUUUGCUCACAGGCUACAUAGCCAUGAUAAAUGGCUCCAUGGGUUCAUAAAAUGGGUACCCAUGGUCAGAAUUGGAGUUGCUAUUUUAAACUCUAUUCUCAAGUUUCUGUAAGGAAUUAAAAAAAACAAAAAAAAAAAAACCUUUCCAAUAAAUUUGCCUGGUUCAGAUUAUUACAAAAAUGGGCAUUUUGAGAGAAUUAACAUUACUUUUUAAAUGUUUCUGAUUUUGUGUGUUCUUCACUCUGUGUCUUUACUCCUGUAAUCUGAAAUACCUGAUUUUAGAAGAUUUCACACCGAAAGGCUUCCUUUAGUAUAGCAUAUAAUGGGUUGCAUAGAUGGAAGGUCAUCAGAAUUCCCGGAGAAGUCACACCUAUGAGUGUGUAUUCUUUUUGUAAGAUGGUUCUGUUGCCAUAGCAAUUUAACAUCAAAAGAAAAACCAGCUGGACAACUUACUGGAGAGGGACUGGACUCCCUCUAGCUAUGGAGAAACAUCAACCUUUAAAAAGAUUCAGUGCACUGAAAGCAAAGCUUUCCUUAAUGGAUGCACCCAGUUUUCCUUAAUUUUUUAACUGUAAAUAGUGCAAUACAUCAUAUUUAUAUAAAUAUAUAAAAUGUCCUAUUUUAUGUACCAAAAGAAUUCAGUUUAGUACACUAAUAAGCAUUAUCAGUUGCAGGCCACGUUUAAUUGGGAACCUUCUUUUUAUUGAAGUAUCUUUUGUCUUCUGAGUUUAAUUUGGAAUUCUUUUUUUAUAUUAUAUAUGUUUUCAUUAGGCAAGUCUGAGGGCCAAUAAUAAAACAUAUAACAUCAAAUGUU